AUGGUCCGCGUCUGUGUGGUCGGCUGCGGUACGCUCGGACUGAAGGUGGCCGGCGCGCUCAGCUAUUUCGGCCACUCGGUGCGCGUGUGGGACCGCGACCGGGCCGCACUGGACUCGGCCCACGAGCGGCUGCGCCUGGACCGGUGCGAGCUGCGCCGCGACGGCCUGCUGCUGCAGCGCGCCGGCGCCGGCCGCGUCACGCUGCUGGCGCGCCUGGACGAGGCGCUGGCCGACGCGCGCAUCGUCUUCGAGUGCGUGUCCGAGGACGCGGCCGUCAAGGAAGAGACGUUCGCGCGCCUGUCGGCCGCCGCCGCCGAGACGGCCAUCCUGGCCAGCUGCACGCUGCGCGUGCCGAUCAGCGCGCUGGCGGCGCGCGUGCAGCGGCCCGAGCGGGUGCUGGGCGUGCGCUUCCUGUACCCGGUGUACUACGUGCCGGAGGUGGAGGUGACGCCCGGGCCGGCCACCAGCCGCCACACCAUGGACACCGUCACGCAGUUCCUCACGCACAUGGGCCUGACGCCGUUCCUGCGCUGCGGCCCCGAGCCGGUGGUGCUCGACGACGAGCAGCGCGAGCAGCGACGCCGCUGGCGGCGGCAGCGGCUGGCGGCGGCCGCCGCUGGCGCCGCCAGCACCGAGACCCGCUACGCGCCCCAGCUGGCCUUCGUCGGCAACCUGGUGUCGGCGGCCGACGUGGCGCCGGCCGGCGGCGGCGCGCACGACUGCGCCGUCUGCAUGGACGCGCCGCGCGACUGCGUCAUGGCGCCGUGCCACCACCUGUGCACGUGCUGCCGGUGCGCGCGGCUGCUGCGCGGCAGGAGGGACGCCUGCCCCAUCUGCCGGCAGCCCAUACAGGACUUUAUCCGGGUCUACAUGUCUUAG